AUGCAGUACCAAGACCACUUCUCUGAUUUCAUGAAGCAUCUGGGUCUCAUCUACAUCUGGCAAGCAAUCUGGAUCAUCUAUGUCAUCGUCAACAUCUUCAGGACCAACAAGUUUGGCAAGGUGUACCUGAACCCGUCCAUCGUCCUCCCUGCCUUCCUGGCUACCUACGCCAUCAACCUCGUACUCAACAUCGCUUGGUUAUUCACCUGGGACAGACAGUACCUCCCAGUCUCUUUCGCUGUCCUCGCCCUGAUUGCAUUCACCCUCUAUGUAUGUGUCACCAUCAACCUCUGGGCAGUUAAUAAGCAUAUAGAACAGCUGUGCGAACAUCACAGGGUUGAUCUAUGGCUGAACAGCUUUUUCAUCACAAAUGGUAUCCUCAUCUACGCGACCUGGACCACCAUCGCCACUCUCCUCAACUUCAGCUCGGUCUUAACCUACUUCGCCGACGUCGAAGAAAGGACCGCCUCCCUCAUCUGUCUCUCCAUUCUCACUGCCGAGCUCGUCCUCUACUUCGUCGUCGAUAUGUACCUCCUCGAGCGCCACCUACGCUCGGCCUUCAUGGUAUACCCCGUCGUGAUCUGGGCCUCGACGGCCGUACUCGUCAACAACUGGGACCCCGACAGUAGCACGUCUAUCUUCACCGCGGUGAUCGUCGCCCUGGCGUGUGCUGCUUUCGUAGGCAAGCAGAUCAAAGGUGUCUGGUACUGUUGUUGUCGCAAGGAUCAAACCACCGUAGCUAACAGUGACAAAAUGGCGCUGCAAGAUGUUGCCUGAGUGAUCGACCGUCAUUUCGGGAUUUCGAAGUAAUUGACUGUUUCACUUGCUUUUGAACGUAGACUGUGACUCAUCUUUCAACAAGCUCAUUAUGAGAUAUGGUCAUUACUCAUGAAUGUAAAUGUCUAUAAAAAACUAUAAUUUGAAGUUGCCAAUUUCACCUCAUAUUUAUCAGCAAUAGGCCAAAGCAAUAAUGACCGAUCAAGCUUGAACAUGCAAUGUACUGUGAGAAUUAUAGGCAGUGCUUUCAUUAGAAUUUGUUUUCAGAAUAGACCAAAUUAUAUUUUUCAAGAAUAUGGAUGUAUACAUUAAAUGAAAAAAAUCCCUAGCCGCAGGGGCAUCGCUAUUGAGCCCCCCUCCCCCCUCAAAUUAUUUUGUUGGAAAUCUUGAAGGCCAGCUAGGUCGGGAUAUUGUAAAACUAUGUUUACAUAUGCUUAUAUUUUUGUUGUUGAUCUUCGUUAUUGAUAUAUGAUUUAUUUUUUUACUUUUGUUUACUAGUAAUGUUAGAAAAAUCUAGACUCAUGAGUGUGUCAGCAAAUUUGGUCCUACUUCCCCAAAAGAGUGCCCCCUCCCCUCCCCCCCCC